AUGAUUAAUACUGCGCCCCUUCAACUGUAUUCAUCUGCACUUGUAUUUACACCUCAGAAAAGUCUAGUUCGUCAGGCUUUUGAAAAGGAUAUACCUGCCUGGAUUUCACUCAGGCCAGUACCUGAGAUGGACUGGAACCAAUGCAUCCAGAGACUUGAAGGCCACGGCAACGCAAUCACUUCGGUUGCUUUCUCGCACGACUCAGCACUUGUGGCAUCGGCUUCGCUCGACAAGACCGUCCGGGACGGCACAGAACAACAUGGGGUGAUACGGCUUUGGCAAACCGAUACGGGCGACUGUAUACGGGAGCUCAAGGGCCAUAGCAAAGGAUCUUCCUCGGCCGCCUUCUCGCACGACUCAGCUUUUGUAGCAUCAGCUUCAGACGACUGUACGGUACUGCUUUGGCAGACCGACACCGGCGACUGUACACAGAAACUCAAGGGCCACAGAAGGGCGGUUACCUCAGUCGCCUUCUCCCACGACUCAGCGCUUGUGGCGUCGGGUUCCUACGACGGUACAAUAAGGCUUUGGCAGCUUGAUACAGGUAACUGUGUGCGGGAACUACAAUUCCCUAGCACAUUUGUCAGCUCGGUCGCCUUUUCGCAUGACUCAGCUCUUAUAGCGUCGGCUUCAUAUGACGAUACAGAAGCAUAUGGGAUGGUACGGCUUUGGCAGACUGAUACGGGCGACUGUGUCCAGGAACUCCACGGCAUGGUUACCUCAAUUGCCUUCUCACAUGACUCAUCCCUCUUAGCAUCAAACUCAGGAGACGGGACAAUACGGCUUUGGAAAACCGAUACGGGCGACUGUAUACAGAAACUCAAGGGCCAUGGCGAAGAAUUCUCCUCAGUCGCCUUCUCGCACGACUCAGCUCUUAUAGCAUCAGCUUCAAGUGACGAGACGGUACGGCUUUGGCGGACCGACAUAGACAACUACAUGCAGGAAUCCCAAAGUCACGGCAGCUGGGUUGGGCCAACCUCGAAAGAUGAGACGGACUCCGCUUUGAUAGCAUCAGUUUCAGACGAGGCGGUGUGGCUUUGGCAGAACGAAACAGGCAAAUGCAUACAGAAACUCCAAGGCUACGGCACGAUAGGCUCGGUCGCCUUCUCAUAUAACUCGGCUCUUUUAGUAUUUGCUUCAGCAAACGGGAUAUUGCGGCUUUGGCGACCCGAUACAGGCGACUGCGUACAGGAACUCCAGGGCCACGACGACUGGAUUUGCUUACUCGCUUUCUCACAUGACUCAGCGCUUAUAGCGUCAGUUUCCCGGGAUAAUACGGUACAAGUUUGGCGACCCGAUACAGGCGAAUGCAUACAGAAACUACAGGGCCACGACGACUUUGUGGGUUCAGCUUCCUUUUCACACGACUCAGCACUUAUAGCAUCGGCUUCACACGACAGGACGGUACGACUUUGGAAAACCGAUACGGGCGAAUGCGUACUUGAACUACAGGGCCACGACGACUGGGUGAGCUCAGUCGCUUUUUCCCACGACUCAACGCUUAUAGCAUCAGCUUCAUACGACAGGACGGUACGACUUUGGAAACCCGACACGGGCGACUGCGUACAGCAGGCUCACAUCGGGACUGCCUACGAUCACUUGUCAUUUGCGAUUAGUGAUACCCAUGUGAUAACCGACGCCGGUGCUAUAUCUAUCGAGAAUCGAAUCUCCGAUGCCACACUCUUAGACUCCGGUCCCCAGCAUCAGGAUUCUCUUCCCGACGAGUUUCGAAUUAGUCCGGAUCGCUGCUGGAUCACUCUAGGAGGUCAAAACUUACUAUGGCUACCAGUGGAGUUUCGCCUUAGUCUCUCAGCUAUAGAAGGCUCUACAGUAGUACUUGGCUGUAAUUCUGGGAGAGUUAUUAUAAUGCGGUUCUCUGUAGAGCUCCUGGAACAGCUCUCGGAAAACCAAUUUUCCUAA